GCAAAACUGCUCUUCACAUAUGAUAGCUAUGGCAAUCGUUUUUUGAAGAAUAUGAUUAGGCAAUACAUUUAGUCAACAGAUCAAUGUUUCCAGCUAAAAGAGUAUGUCUAUGUAAAGAUGUAAUCAGGUGAUGAUGGAUGUCAGAUCCGCGUAUCACACAGGUCCUGUCACAUCCCUUUGUGUCAUCAAGGGAAACAUUAUAGCAGGUAUUGGCAACAGUUUGUACUUGUACGACUUGGAAAAGAGAAAAUGUAUAUUGAAGGCAGCAAGUGUCAUACAUAAUGGGAACAUCCAUGGAAUCCGAAAAUCUGUUUCCAAUGGCACAUUUCUGUGUGCAUUUGGAGGUAAAUUAUUGCGAGUGGUUGAAGUUACAAUGACCCCAGCAGUGGAGAGUUUGGAUCCCCGGGGCAAGGACUAUAUGGCUGAUGAUUGGAUCUGGGAUGUUUGUUGGUUACAACAGCAAGGACAGAAGGACCACUUAGCUGUGGCCACUGCUCACAAUGUGGUCUUGAGACUGGACAGUACACUAAGAAAGUUGUUACAGGUCGUCUGUGUGGAGAACUGUAUACUUUACUGUGCCAAAUUUUUUGGUACAAAGUGGGAAGACCUUGUCCUUGCAGCGGGAACUGUCUUUAAUCAAGUGCUGCUCUGGGCUCCUAAUGGCCAAACAAACAUCAGUGGGCAGUCAGUAGUCAUCCACAAACUGAUUGGUCAUCAGGGUGUGAUAUUCUCUAUUGAGUUCAGUGUGAUGCGGCGUCAGAUCUGUACUGUGUCAGAUGACCGUAGUGUUCGUGUAUGGCAGCUUAACUUUCCACAGGAGAAAGCCGAGUACACAGAUGAAGUUAUCUCCCUUGAUUGGUGGCGGUGUUGUAGCAGCACAGAGCUGUUAGUGUUGUAUGGACAUUCUGCCAGAGUGUGGGAUGUAAAAAUCCUCCCUUCUUUGAUAGUCAGUGUUGGAGAGGAUUCAACAUGCUGUGUGUGGGAUAACCAAGGGAAGAUAACACAAAGGUUCAAAGGUCACAAGGGUAAGAGUAUAUGGAGUUUGGCUGUAGAGGAUACUGGGAAAUUUGCUGUGACUGGAGGUGGUGACAGUAGUAUCAGGGUGUGGCAAAUGGAUGAAGCAAAAAUGUCAGAACAGUUGCUUUCUGUUGUGUUGGUCCCACCAAACCAACAGGAUAUGGACACAGACUUCCCACGUAUUGUUGCCAUGGUUUCAUGGGAUUGUGUGAUGACUAUGACAAAUCAGGGGCGACUGUUGUUGCACAGUAGGAGUGACAUGACAUGGGUAACCCUGAUGUCUGAUGUAGAUUUCACCUCCUACACUGUCCUGGCCCAGUGUCCUUAUCAUACACACCUCAUUGCCCUUGGCAACAUAACUGGAACUCUCCGCUUAUUUUACACCAAUCAGUCAGAUACAUCCUGCAAUUUAGUUGAUCUGGUGUGGAGUCAGAAAGAUUUUGAUGUACACACAGGGAAAAUUUAUAGUAUUCACUGGAUCUCGGCAUCUAGCCUUCUGACAAGUGGACCUGAUGGUGAAAUGAUAUACUGGGAGUUCAGAAUCAUAUCAAAUCAGGCAUCCCUACAAAAAAUACAUAGUCUAGAGUUACCUCCCAGUAAACACCGGUGGGUGUCAGCUGCUACCACGACCUCUGACCUCCUAGUGUGUGGAGACCGUGUUGGUAGUGUAUAUGUUUACACUUUGGGGACAUCUCUCUCCCCUCAGUCACAGUCACCUGUCCAAACUUUCUACCGGAUUCAUGGGAAAACUUGUGUUACACAUAUUUGUUGCCACAACAAUUAUGUCUACACUGCUGGAAGAGAUGGAACAUAUAACCAAUAUGAAAUCAAUGAAGAGAAACUGGUGCUUCUACAUACUAACAGGAUACACAAAGGAUUUGAUUGGCUAGACAGACUGGACUUUACAUACAAAGAUGGUGACCUUCUCGUGUAUGGUUUCCAUUCAAACAACUUCGUAUUGUGGAGUAGCCUGAACAACCAGAGACUGGUACAAAUACCAUGUGGGGGUGGACACAGAGCCUGGGACAGCCGUAUCCAUGGCAACACUAUCAGAUAUGUAUAUAUCAGGACGGGAGAAGUAGUUCUGUGUGAGACCGAACUCUCCACUAACCAAGUUCUACUCAAGGAAAGUCUGCAUGGCAGAGAAAUAACAGACAUUCUUCAUAUCAAAAGUUAUGAUCAAGAUGGCAGCCCUGUACAUGUCAUUGGCUCAUGUAGUGAAGACACCCAAGUUAACCUGCUGUUAUUAACACACAAUUCAUACGGAGUGAUGGAAAUGGCGAAUUUAACAUCUCUACAAGGCCACAUUUCGAGUGUUCGUACAAUGGCUAUUUGCAGUUCAGGGUUGCCAUGGAAACAACCAGAAUCAGACAGGAUUCUGUUGUUCUCUGGAGGAGGCAGAGCUCAGCUUCUGGUAUGGAGAGUGACAAUGCCUUCGUUAUCAAGUCACCAUGGUAACACAGAGUUAAUGGCAGACAAAUUUUCACAUGAAACUCUUUGUAAUUAUAUGAUGGAUCACUGGAACAGCAAGAACCGGAAGCCAUGGAAAGGUCAUGACCUCAAACCAAAUCCUGAGACUCGUUUUAUGGACCUGGCAGUGGUGAGGGCACAGGAUGUUUGGUUGAUGGCACCCAUUAGUGUUCACAUACUAAUGGCUGCUUGUUCAGACGGCUAUGUAAGGUUCUACAGUUUUGAUGAGGAAGCACGGACAUUGACCCUACUAGGGGAGCCUAUGUUCCAUGACCACUGUGUGCUUCAUGUAAUGAGUCUGAUCCAUCAUACACAGGAUAGCGGCAGCCAUCUUGUGUGUCUUUCAGCAGCCACUGAUGGACAAGUUGCAUUCUGGGACCUCAAUCACCUCAUCUUGGAUUUCCUAGAAACAACUUACCAUGAUGUACAUUUGAUUGAUAACAAGUCUGAUGGCUUUACUUCAGACAUUACAAAUAAUUCAAAAACUACCUCAGAACAAGGAAUAAAUUCAUAUCUCCAGGAGAAUUAUAAAAGUCUGCAUCAUAAACAUGUACAGUCAGAGUGUGGUUCAAGUGGAGGACAUAACAGCGGUGGUGGUGAGGAUUAUCAUACAGCUGAGGAUGAUCAUGGUUGUCAUGGAGAUUCAACUGAAAAAGGAUAUGGUGAUAAGAAAAGAAUGGAUGUUACAGAAAUGUUGCAUCCCAUAUUUGUGAUUCCCUCACAUCAAUCAGGAGUUAACAGUUUACAUGUCUUUAAAGUUUCUGGAUGUCAGUAUGUGGUGGGAAGUGGCGGAGAUGAUAACGCUCUCAGUGUGUCAAAUAUCACCAUGGCAACCAACAAGAACAACAAGCGUUUGGAGGUGACGAUGAAUUGGAGUGUAUUGAAAGAAAAUGCACAUUCCGCCCAGAUUACAGGACUUUGUUUCGUAGAAGAAAGACAGGUAGUGACAGCGUCUGUGGAUCAGAGAAUUUGUUUAUGGGACAUAACAACAGACAAGGUACCAAAGAUCCAAUUGGUGUGGUGUAAAUUUGUUCAGGUUUCUGACAUUUCUAGUGUGAUGGUGUGGGUUUCAGACAGGCUGAACAUCCUAGCUGCAGGUGUAGGGUUGGAAAUGUUGUCUGCUGUUCAGGAUGAUGAAGAUUCUUCUCAUAGACAAAUGUGAAAAAACAAAGGGCUCCAAGACCAAUUUCAAUGUAUAUUUAGGAAAUAGUGACAGUGUGUAUCUGUAAGACACAGUGUAUGAUGAGGUAGAUAUGAGGGGUUAUAUAUAGGUAAUAGUGAUUGUACCUGUAAGACACAGUGUAUGAUAGGGUAGAUAUGAGGUGUUAUAGGUAAUAGUGAUUGUACCUGUAAGACACAGUGUAUGAUAGGGUAGAUAUGAGGUGUUAUAGGUAAUAGUGAUUGUACCUGUAAGACACAGUGUAUGAUAGGGUAGAUAUUACUGUAUGUUGAAUUCUCUCACUGUAUACACUGUUCUACAAUAAUUAAGUUGAUCCCUUUACAAGGCCGUAAUCUUCAGGUGUUUAUACAACACACUGAUGACAUGACUAAAACAUGUAUUCAGCUUCAAAGUGAAAUAUUCUAGGAAUAUGGCAUGGUCUGGACACAUACAACUAUAAACUCCCUUACCAUCACAUGUUAUUAUGCUAUAGAAUUUAGUGUUUGUGGGUGUUACCUCAAAGUUCAUGUGAAGACAGUGUCCUGAAGAUGAUUCCAAUGGACACUUCGAAACCUAGACAAGUUGGAAUGACAUCUGGUUACAUUUUACUGACAAUGUGCUACCGAGAGCUUGUGGAUCACAUUUAAUCUGAGUGAUCAGCAAGGAACACAAUGUACUGGUGACUUAGAGCACAGAGCCCAUAAGCUUCCUUGUUUCUGUGAACACACAGAAAGACAUAAAGAACAGAAAACUACCACAGAAAAAUAUACACCUGUCCCGUGUAAGAGAUUCAUUCUUGUUUUAUAAUGGAAUGAAAAUGAAACAAUAAAUCAAGUUGUCAA